AUGCACCUCCAACCCCUUUCCCUCGGCGUCCUCACCCUCCUCGCCUCCACCCUCGUUCGGGCGCAGGACCCCUACAACGUACCCGCAUCCGGCCGACCCCACGGCGUCGACAUCGGAAACAUAGUCUGCGGCGGCCAGUGUGUUUCUGAUCCGAAUGUGCUGGCUUGUCCGCAUAUAGAGUACCGCCCGCAACUCGAAUGCUACGAAUGCUGUAUUUCGGACGAUGAUUUGGAUGACUUGGACCUUGACUAG